AUGGCUUCUCUCCGAGAUAUGACCGCAGGACAGUCUAUGAUGGACGAUCCUAACUUGGGGCCAAUUCACGGCCACGGCAUGGCGUCGACUCGCUCCUCCUUGGCCACCGAAGCACUCAGCGAUGCACCGAGCACCAACAUUGACGCAAACCUAGGAAAACCGGAGGCACUCGCGAUCCCGCUGAUAUGCAGUGUCUGCCCCAAGACCUCCAAGUUUUCUGAUGUCUCUCACCUUCUCACUCAUAUUUCGUCGAAAGGCCACCUUUCGAAUAUGUUCAAGCUCGAGAUUGCCAAGAACACCGAUGACAACGCUCGUGAGACAUUGGAUGAAUUCAACCAAUGGUUCGAGGAGUACAAUCUUCGAGACCUGCUUCAGAACCGGAAUGAGAACCGUCAAUCGCGAGGGAACAGAAGUCGUGGCAGUUCAAGUGUCAGUCUCCGCGGUGGACGUGGGUCAUUGCGUGUCCGCAGCAAAGCCCAGUCCAUGACACCUUCGGAUCAAGUCAAGUGCGAACCCCAGGAUGAUGUAGACUCUGUCUCCGACUUCACCCCUUCAUCCCAUGGCCAUCAUACGAGCCAUUGGCAUUUAGGCCAUGGCGCUCAGUCAUGGAAUAACUUACCCAUGUGGAACGGAGCUUACUUUGGACCUGGUUUUCAGCAGGGACCCAACUUCGAUGAUGAUCACAUGGAUGUGCAGCCGGAUGCACUACCGGACACCGACGAAGGGGACGACAACAUGGACAACUCUUCCAAGUAUCAGCCGUCUGAUGACGAUGAAGAAGAUAAGAACGAAGGUUUUCUGCACUCAGAGGACACCAUCGACACGAUGAUUGAUGAGAUUGUCCCAGACCUAAAGCUAACAGGGGUCACCGAUGACGAGCGCGAACGACUGCAUUUCAUGAAGUACCUUAAGGGAGACAUCGCUCAGCUUCCAGGUGUGGGUGGAUUUGAUGCAGCGCCUGAGGAACAGCGGCGAAAGCGCAAUCAGAAGAAAGACCCUUCGGUCAUUCGACAAAUGCAGGCGGCAUCCCUAGCGGUUGACACCACUGAGAUGGUGUUUGACUUGAACUUCGUCUGGCAACGAAACCGCAGCGUCUACGAUGAGCCGUCAGUCAAUGGCAGCGAGGACGAAGGUGAUAAUCCCCCGUCAACGAAGAAGGCCAAGCGUCGCUCUCCCAGAAAAAAGCUCGCGAAAGCGGCCAAGCCUCGUGCAGCCUCCAGACUGGCGGUGCUCGAUCCCCAAGGGUUGAGCAUAAGCACUCUAGCUACUAGUUCACGACGGGGUCGGCGCGCUGUACGAGGUACGCAGAGAACUUCGACUCGGGCUUCGAGCUCCGCUACCGCUAGUAUGCCACGAGACACCCCUUCGCAUGGCCCUGGACGCAUAACUCGGUCAGCACGUGGCGGUCAGUCUAGUUCAGUACCUGCCGCUGCUUUGAAUGGCUUACCUGGUCUCGUUCGUCUCGGAAGCCGAGUGGUGGAUGUAUUUAGAGACCCUGCGGAUCCCAGCCCAGGGCGCAUCCAAAGCUCUGUUCCACGAAGACCUCACAACAAUAUCUCUGGUCUAUCUCUACGUCCUGGAAACCCAAAUGUUUCAUUGCUUUCUCCCACUCCUACAUUGAAGCGACACACGUCGGCCCGUGGAUUCUCAGGAAAAGAAAACAGCAACCUACUUUUCCAGCCUGAUUCGACUACCUCGAACCCGUACCUUGGUGCACAGGAUUCCCUUCACGAGAGCACAUUCAACCCGCUAUGUGUCCCAGCCAGAGGAACCGAUGGAUUUCGCGGGCUCACAAACUAUGCCGACAAUACGAAGCCUUUUACCUCGGCUUUCCAACCAAUCAAUGGGCUAGCCGGGUACGACCCGUUGCACUUGGCCUCUCACGGUGACGAUGGCCUUCAGUUGAACCAGCGCCACAACAACAGCAGAGUCUAUGACAUGUGA